CGGAGAGCCCCGAACAGGACCUAGACUAGGCUAGCCUUUCCUCCCUCCCUCUCCUCUGUAGGCUUGCUUCCAUCCUCCGCUGUUUGCUCUCUGGCUCCAAGGAGAGACGUCAUCCCCAUUUUUAACCAAUAUACCACCGACUACGACUACCACAAGCAUGGCAUCCGCAAGCAGCUCUGCACAGGCCGCCUUUGGGCUGGGCCGCAGGAAGAAGAACCCCGGUGUUCUGGAUCAGAUUGGGAAAUUCUUUGGCGGGGACAAGAAGAAGAAGAGUAAGGGGUCUUUCCGUGGCGCUCUCUCUCCCACCCCUCAGAAAGCUUCUGCAACAUCCCCUCGUAAGCGAGGGCCAGAGAACGCCGUGGUCCACUUCUUCCGUACGAUCGUGUCCCCUGCCCCCCCAAAGUCAAGGUGGAGAGGACUAGCAGCCAAGAUAGGUCUGGGUGACCAGAAGUCACAGUCGGCUAGAGCCAAGAAGUCCAGUGGAGGCGACGGCAAAGGCACCCUGACUAGGAUCUUCAAAAUGUGAUGAUAACAACAGAAGAGGAAGCCGCAGCUCUUCUCCAGCCAGACGCUGACGUUCCAACAGCCCCUUUAAAAGACCACCAGGACAGAAAUGAGGGAGUCAAGUGGGGGGGCGGGGGGAAGGAGAGGAAGAAAACAAGCAAACCUUUAAAACUCACCUUUGACCCCACUUCUGAUAACACUUUUUUUUUUUUUUGCUAAAUCCCUUUAGUCGUCUGGCCUGUUGUCUGUUAGCCCUCACCGGCUGGCAGAUAGCGACACAAUCUGUUGUGCUGAAAGUGACUCUGAAGCCGCUCUAGUGUGCAGCCUGAAUGCCCCCCCCCCCCCCCCCCCCAUUUAUGUGCUUAUGCUUUUGUCCUUGUGUAAAUUAUCUAAAAAAACAAAGAUGGCUGAGCAGAAUUAGACCUGGAUUAUGAAAGUCAAGCCCAGUGCAAAUUGUAAAUAACUUGCCUGCUGUUGCUAUUUCUUGCGUGUGAACUGACCAGGCCGGUUCUGUUCGUGUAGAGCGUUUUUUCGUCUUGUCACGAUGUCUGUGUCAUGUCCGCAAACAUUCAUUUUGUGUUUUGAUUUUGUCAUACUAUUAAUCAUAUUUACAAUAUGUUGAGCCACUUAUCUUCCUGUGUGUCUUCAAUGUGAUCUUCAAUGUUUGUCAUCCUCGCCUUAAGCUGACUGUGGUUACGGAUUAACAUGUUCAAAGAUUUAAAAUGUACUGCAAUGAACACUAAAACAACGCAGAGAUGAGUCAUUUUCUAAUAAAUGAUUUUUUUUUCAUCCUAUGAGCUAAUAGCACUUUGUAAUUUUCUCCUCUCUGCGUCUGACUUGUCACCACCUUUAUUAUCUUUCACAUUUCUGUAUUCAGCUUCCCAUGUCGCCUGCCCAAAAAAACAACAAGUGCUGUUUCCAUUUUUCUGGAUAACUGAAACACAAUUUCAAAAAGGUGCUCUUUGAUUAACGUCCAAACACUUUAUGCUGCUUCUGUCCGGGAAUAAAAUUGGUCAAAGAAAGCAGACCAUCCUUCUUCCACGUGGAUUAAAAUGUAGUUGACUUCCAAUGCAGCCUUUGAACGAAUGUAAAGAUCCUCUUCGUUAUUGUAUGUUUAAUAAGAAUGAGCAGCCACUUACCUGAAAAUAAAAAAAAAUAAAAAGCCCUACUCUUACAGAA